AUCUCGCGAGAGCUCCGGCGUUGGCUGUGGCUGGCCGUGGCUUUGCAGCAGACAGAGGGAGAAGGCAGGCAGGCAGCAUCAUGGCGGACAGAGACAGUGGAAGUGAGCAGGGAGGAGCAGCCACGGGCCCAGGCUUCGGUUCCAUGCACCUAGCGACAGGAGGGGCGGGCUCGGCUUCCGGGCUCCAGCAUGAGACACAAGAGCUAGCGUCGAAGCGAGUUGACAUCCAAAACAAACGCUUCUAUUUGGACGUUAAGCAGAACGCGAAAGGCCGCUUCUUAAAGAUAGCAGAAGUCGGGGCCGGUGGAAACAAGAGCCGCCUCACUCUCUCCAUGUCUGUGGCGGUCGAGUUCCGUGACUACUUGGGGGACUUCAUCGAACAUUAUGCCCAGUUGGGUCCAAGCAACCCGGGAAUGGUACAAGACGAGCCUAGGCGAGCACUCAAAAGCGAGUUCUUGGUCCGAGAAAAUCGGAAAUACUACAUGGAUCUGAAAGAGAACCAGAGGGGACGGUUUCUGAGGAUUCGACAGACCGUUAACCGGGGGCCCGGUUUGGGAUCCACGCAAGGCCAGACGAUUGCACUGCCUGCCCAGGGACUUAUUGAGUUUCGUGACGCUUUGGCUAAACUUAUUGACGAUUACGGUGUAGAGGACGAACCUGCAGAGUUGCCCGAAGGGUCAUCAUUGACUGUGGACAACAAACGGUUUUUCUUCGACGUCGGAUCCAAUAAGUAUGGUGUGUUCAUGAGGGUAAGCGAGGUGAAGCCAACGUACCGCAACUCAAUUACGGUGCCCUACAAAGUGUGGUCCAAAUUUGGGAAUACUUUCUGUAAAUAUGCCGAGGAGAUGAAGAAGAUCCAGGAGAAACAGCGGGAGAAAAGGGCAUGCGAGCUGCAGCAACAAGAGGAGAUGCAGGCGGACGAUGGAGACGAGGAUUGAUAUAGAGAGCAAAAACAUGCAAGAGUAAUGAAAAUAACAAGAGAAAUAUAAUUAAAACUCUACUGUAUAAAGAAAGAAAUCUAAAGAUUUAACUGUAAUGGUUUAACUCCAAGGGAGCAUCACCCACAAUAUAAGAAACCUCCACAACCUGACAGUUAUGACAUGUUGUCACUCAUCGCUGGAUGUUACCCCACUUAUCCACCAUUAAUACAGUUAACAGGCUGCUAAACAAAGUAAUAACAUUAUAUUUGAACAUUGUUUCCUACUUGACAAACAAUAUUGAACUGAGUGUUUAUUUCCCUUAUUAACAGAAAACUUUUGUACCAGUUAAAGCUAUUGUAAAAAAGUGUUUGCAAUGUUCAAAUGGAAUUAUUGCCGAGUUCCGAUGAAAAAACGUUUCCUUUUCAUGUGAGCUAAUGACUUCAGCACAAAUCAGAUAUUUUAAUUUUUAAACCAAAAUUCAAAAACUUUGUAAAAGGUUGUCACAUGUACUUGCCAUCCUAUUUACCUUUACCUGUGAGUAGAGAUGUGUUUACACAUAAAUCAUAUGAGGGCUAGGCCUGCUUCGGAAACUGGUUAGAUGUCAUGCAGUAUAAAAAGGAAUAUAGGCAUUUUUCAUGAAAUGAAAUAAGUGCUCUAUUUGUUGUGCAAUAUGCAUUGCAUAAAAAUCAAAUAUAUAUUGAACUGGUCAAUGGAUCUUGACAUGAUGACAUUUGCCAGAGGCAUUCAAAGAAAUAUUAAUAUUGUAAUUUUUUUUCAGUUGAAAUUGUUGCCAUGCAGAUGGAUAUAUUAUAGACUACCUUUGUGUCUCGUUGUUAAUGCAAUGUGUUCAUUUUAAAGGUACUAAAUGUGUAUUUGAUAGAGGAAAUGCAGUGACAACAUGUAGCAAAUGGCCUGAUUUGCAGAUUACUUUACAAGAGAAACACCCCACACAUACUGUGUUGAUUGGCUCAGUGGUCUGAAAAGAAGAGGCAAAAUUCAGCAGAGCUUCAUUGGUUACUACACCUGAAACAGAACAACAUUUUAUGAUCUUGUUCAGUCAUAAAAAUCUAAAUGGUGCCAAGGAGUGCUGUUGCUGCAUGUUAAUCUGCACUAAGAUUUCGUUGGUCUCCCAAAAUAUUGGCUCAAGGACCCUCCUAUAUGUAUCUUUAUCUGCCUAUAUUGUGCAAAUCUCAAGUUUGAGUACUGAGUGAUUCCAUCCAAGGCUUGGUGUAUUUGUAGUGGAAGUUGCUUUCAGAGCGCGAUUGUAAAAGGAGCGAUCUUGUGAACUGUAAUUACAAUAUCACCAUCACACUAUGAGGAGGGACACUGAGGAGCACUGCUGGAUAAGCCAAGGUGAAGAAAGUUCAAUUCACCUGUUGAUGAACCGCCAGUUGUGUCAAUGGAUGUGCCCAUCCCUACAAGUUAAAGAUCUGAAGGUGUGAAGUUCAGUGGGGCUACUUUGGAUACAUACUCAUAGCUCUACUUUAUAUUUGUAAGCCCAAAUAUCUACCUGGGGUGAUGAGAUUCUGUUUUGGUCUAAUUGUAAAUAUUUGGGCUGCCACACGGAAAACAACUGGUUCUAAUCCAGUUCAGUCGCAUCUCAUAGAUGUGUGAUAGCAGUUUUAUAAACUCUGUCAGUAAACUCCAGAGAAACUGGCAACAAUCAGAUAAUGUCAGAUUUACCUCAGCAUUGAAUUAAAUGAUUGCUCCCAUGUUUAGAUUGACUGGAAACCAGCAAACUAGACUGUCCUUGACCACCUAUUUUUGGAGCCUCUGGUAUAGCCUAAAUGAUACGUGAUUGGGAGCAUCCUCUUCAGCAUAUAAACAACCUGGUGCCUUACACACUCCGCAUGCUUACACGCUGGCCUGGUGCUUUGGAUCGCAGUUUGGCUUCUUUUUGUUAUUGUUUCCUCUUUAUUUCUUCCAUUUUUGUGUCUCAGCCCCCUUGUGUGCUAGCGCACGACUCGUGGUGCUAAAAGGGUUUGUUACAAACUCUUCAGAAAAAUAGGAGCAGAAUUCUUAACUUUUUUCUGCUACCUUCCUUCUUCCCUAACUUCAUUGCCAUCCCCAUUUCCCAGCCAUCCAGGUAUCGGCCUACAUGUAAACAUGGAAGGGGGUGGUCACCUAGAUGCAAGAUGAUGCAGAAGAGUUGGCUCUUCACUAACCAAGCACAUUAGCAGGAAGAGCAGGGGCUGAUUGGGAACAUUGGUAGUGGCCUGAAAUUAUGUAAAUUGUUGUUGGAAAGCCCCCCUUGAAAUGCUCGUUGUAUGGCUUGGGUAGUUAUGUGUAAGUUGUAAGUCGCUCAAUUAAUGGGGAGUAGCAAGCAUGUCUUGUUUUGUUUUUUGUUUUACGUAGUUUUACCUUUUCAGCAUUAUUCCACAUUAUUUGUAAUUUUGGAAUGUUUUCGCCCACAAAAAAUAUAUCUAUUUUUUCUGUGCAACAUUUCAUCACUGUGUGCAAUAUCGUAUGUGCCAAUGGUGGCAAUAUAUGUAUAUCAAUUAAAUAUAUGAUUACUAUUUGAAAGCAUGUGGCUGAAUUCCAUGUUUAUUUCUCAUGAAGGAGUUGUAUGCCUUUAUUUGCACUCAAAGCUCCAUCCUGGAGGAAAAUAUAGUAAACCAAGGUCUUAGCAGCCUGUUGGGUCAAGAAGUUCACAUAAGUACUUUAACUUGAAAUAGAACAAUGUCACUGUAAGUAUGCCUAUCCCUAGGAAAAGGGUAAACUUGGCUUAUGGGUUGUUGAAGGUAGACUAUAAACACAGUGGAGUUUUUGUGAAAAGGAAAAUUUAAGAAACAGUGAAAUCUCCAUUUUAGCUCUAAGCUAAGAAAAGGUGCUUCAGUCCAAUCCUCAUUAAGGUGUAUGGUGAACUGUCUUCAGUGGUUGUUGUGUGUAGCACUUUGCUUUCCCAGGUUAAUGAAAUGCCUGACCAAUACUUGUUUAAAAUGAUUUCAACAAAGAAUGUCGUUCUCUCUUAUGUUGCCUCUUUUUUUAAAAAGAGGGUAUUUGAUUUGCUCAUUUGGUUUUGAUGCAUUAAAUAUAAUUUAUGUACAUUUGACAAAUUUUAAAAUAAAUUUAAUUUACCCAUGAGGGAAAAUCUGCAUUCAAAAUGUAUGUGUUUUUCAUGUUUCAUUUCUUGUUGGAAAAAAAAACUUCCAAAAUGUCUACAGUUCACUGAUGAAAAGUAUGUUUAAUUUUGAUGUAGUGUUGUCUAAAAUGUCUAACUCUACAUUUGCAAUGAUACUAAUUACUUAAGCUUAAUUUUACAGCCUUUAAAAUGCAAACUUUGCAAUGACAAGUACCCGAUGACUCAUGUCUUCUUAGAGAUUUUUACAUUAGUACUGUAUGUGUAAUACCAGGCUGUAAAAUAAAGCAUUACUUUCGUCUCAAAAAACCCUGACUAUG